UUGAAUGUAUUUUUUUUUUAUUAAUAGUAUCGAUAUCGAUUGAUUGAUUGAUCAUAAAUGGCCAUUUAUUGUCCAAAUUGAUGGAUGGAUGCGUCAUCAUCAUCAUUUUGAAUGAAAAAAUCAAUUGAUGCUAAUGAUCAAAUGAUUUUCGAGAUGUUUUUUCGGGGUUAAAAACGAGAAAAAAUAACACACAUAAAUUGACAAUACUGAAUAAUGAAAAAAAUAAUAUUUUCAUGUCAAGGAUGUUAUUGUGUGAUCAAGAAAGCGAGAAAGAAAAAAAAAUUCAAAAUCAAAUGAAUCAUGAAACAAUUAGUAGAUCAACAUGAUACUAUGAUGAUCAUAUUGAUGAUGAUGACAGGUAAAAUUAAUUGAAUUUCGUCAUGUCAUUUUUUCAAACAAAAAAUGCUACAAGAAUGACAGAUUUGGUUUUUUUUAUUAAAAUUCAGGCCAACCAAAAAGGUCAUAAAUGUCCAUUUUUUGAUGAUGGUGAUGACAAUUUGUUGAUAAAAAUCAUUGUAAUGAAUUAAAUUGUCAAUCACAGUUAUUUGUCAAUGUAAUGUAUGAUCAUGUCCGUGAUAAUGGACUGUAGUUUAUUAUCAUCCGAUAUGAUUAAACUACGGCCAAUAACAAAACAACAACAUUUGAUAUUUGAACCAUAUUGUAUUGUUUGGUGUUCAUUAUCAUGGUUAUCAUAUUUUAUACCAUCGAUUGGUCAUAUGGCUAUCACUGAUUCAUGUGGAAAUCUUUGGGAUUUUUCAGAAUCUUUUUUUGUAUCCAAAAAUAAUUUUACAUUUGGUCCAGCGAUAAAAUUUUUACGAAUGAAUAGUGAUAAACAAAAUUAUUAUCAUCAAUGGGAUGAUGGUAUUAAACGUGCAGCAGUUAUUUAUGAUCAUAAAGUUCAUUAUAUAUUAUGGUCAAAUUGUCAUUCAUUUGUUUGUGAAGCAUUAAAUCAAAUGUCAUAUGAUGGCCAUAAUAAUCAUAAUGUUCGAUCAUUAUUAUGGCAUUUUACAUUGAAUUCUCAUUAUGUGAGCAUCUAUUCGAUUAUACAUACAUGGUCACUAUGGAUAAUUAUCGUCACCAUUCUAAUAUUACUAUUCUCUUUACCAUCAACAUCAUCAUCAUCAUCGACAACAACAACAAUUCAUAAAUUUUAGAUCUUUUUUGUUUUAUUUUUUUAUUUCUUCAAAAUUUUUCGUCUUUUAUAUUAUAAUUAUUUCCUCGAUGUUGAUGAUGAAAAUUGUGUUAUAUUAAAUUGUGGAUUGUAUUUAA